AUGAAGUGGGUGAAGGUGCUUGGGGGAGUUGUGGGGGUUGCUGCCCUCUUGGGGCUGGGGAUCAUCCUGGGACACUUUGCCAUUCCCAAAGGGGCUGACCCGCUAGCCCCCAGUGUCUCCCAGGACCUGGACCUGGAGAUCCUUGAGACCGUUAUGGGACAGCUGGAUGCCAGUAGGAUCCGCGAGAAUCUUAGAGAACUCUCCAGGGAGCCACACCUGGCCUCCAGCCCCCGGGAUGAGGCGCUAGUGCAGCUGCUGCUGCAGCGCUGGCGAGACCCAGAGUCAGGCCUGGACUCGGCUGGGACCUCCACGUAUGAAGUGCUGCUGUCCUUCCCCAGCCAGGAGCAGCCUAACCGCGUGGCCGUUGUGGCUCCCACUGGGGACAUCCUCUUCUCCUGUCGCCAGAGCGAAGAGAACGUGACUGAGGAGCAGGCAGGGCCCGAUGUGGUGUCACCCUAUGCUGCCUAUGCCCCUUCCGGAACCCCACAGGGCCUCCUCGUCUAUGCCAACUGGGGCAUGGAAGAAGACUUUGAGGAGCUACAGACUCAGGGCAUCGAACUCAAAGGCACCAUCGCCCUGACCCGCUACGGGGGUAUAGGACGCGGGGCCAAGGCUGUGAACGCUGCCAAGUACCAGGUGGCUGGGGUGCUGGUGUACACAGAUCCCGCAGACAUCAACGAUGGGCACAGCUUGCCCAAUGAGACCUUCCCGCACUCUUGGUACCUGCCUCCCUCGGGGGUAGAGAGAGGCUCCUACUACGAGUAUUUUGGGGACCCCCUGACUCCCUAUCUUCCAGCCAACCCUUCCUCCUUCCGCCUGGACCCUACUACUGCCUCCGGAUUUCCCCCAAUUCCCACUCAGCCCAUUGGCUUCGAGGAUGCCAAAGUCCUUCUCUGUAACCUCCAAGGAACCUCAGCCCCGGCUGCCUGGCAAGGAGCACUGGGCUGUGACUACAAGUUGGGGCCCGGCUUCCAGCCGGAUGGUGCCUUCGCAAGCAGCCAGGUGAACUUGAGUAUCCACAACAGCCUGGAACUACGGAACUCCUCCAACGUCUUGGGAAUCAUCCGCGGGGCUGUGGAGCCUGACCGCUAUGUGAUGUAUGGAAACCACCGGGACAGCUGGGUACACGGGGCCGUGGACCCCAGCAGUGGCACUGCUGUCCUCCUGGAGAUCUCCCGCGUCCUGGGGACCCUGCUGAAGAAGGGCACCUGGCGCCCCCGCAGAUCGGUUGUGUUUGCGAGCUGGGGGGCAGAGGAGUUUGGGCUCAUUGGCUCCACAGAAUUCACAGAGGAGUUCUUCAGCAAGUUGCAGGAGCGCACCGUGGCCUAUAUCAACGUGGACAUCUCAGUCUUUGCCAACGCCACCCUGAGGGUGCAGGGGACGCCCCCAGUCCAGAGUGUCGUCUUCUCCGCAGCUAAGCAGAUCCCCGCACCAGACCCCAGCAGACUCAGCAUCUACGACAACUGGAUCCGGUAUUUCAACCGUAGCAGUCCCGUGUACGGCCUGGUCCCCAGGCUGGGCUCUCUGGGUGCUGGCAGCGACUAUGCACCCUUCAUUCACUUCCUGGGCAUCUCCUCCAUGGACAUCGCCUACACCUAUGACCAGAGUAAGACCUCAGCCCGGAUCUACCCCACCUACCACACAGCCUUCGACACCUUUAGUUACGUGGACAAGUUUGUGGACCCAGGCUUCGGCAGCCACCUGGCCGUAGCCCAGACAGCAGGGAAUGUGCUUCUCCGGCUCAGUGACAGCCUCUUCCUGCCUCUGAACGUCAGUGACUACAGUGAGACCCUCCGAAGCUUCCUGCAGGCUGCCCAGCAAGACCUUGGGGCCCUGCUGGAGCAGCACAGCAUCAGCCUGGGGCCUCUGGUGACUGCAGUGGAGAAGUUUGAGGAGGCAUCCAUAGCCUUAGGCCAAAACAUAUCAGCACUGCAGAAGGCCAACCCCAACCCCCUGCAGGUUCGGAUGCUCAAUGACCAGCUGAUGCUCUUGGAACGAACCUUCCUGAACCCUCGAGCCUUCCCAGAGGAACUCUACUACAGCCAUGUGCUCUGGGCACCCCGCACUGGCUCUGUAGCCACGUUCCCGGGCCUAGCCAAUGCCUGCUCCAGAGCCAUGAACACAAGCCUCGGAUCUGCAGCCUGGGCCGAGGUGCAGAGGCAGCUCAGUAUUGUGGUGGCAGCACUGGAGGGUGCAGCAGCCACCCUGAGGCCUGUGGAUGACCUCUGACUCCAGCCCUACACUACCACCCUUCAUCUAACCCUCUCCCACUUGUUCUCCUUGGCUGUGUCUCAGUCUUCCCUGAUGCCAGAAGGCACAACCACGGGACCCUCUCAAGCUUCUGAGGCAACUGCUCAGGGUCCCACCAGUUGUGGACGCCUGAAAGGAGUGACAAGCACUAGAUGAAAAGCUCCCUUAUCCUGUCUCUUGGCUGGCAGAGGGUGGAGAACAGGAGGCGGGCAUGGUGGGAAUGGCAAAGCCAAUAGCUCUUGGUAGUGGGUGGGCGAGGAUGGGAUGCUUAAUAGUAACCUUAGAUACCAACUAAGAG